ACGAAGGAAGGGCUGCGCGCGCGCGUUUUUCCAAGCGAGGUAGCGGGAGGAAUGCAGACGAGUGCUACAGAGCUCGGCGUGGUCUCCGUGAUGGCCAAAGUUUGUGCCAUUUUUGGAGGAUCCCGAGGAAUUGGAAAAGCUGUUGCACAACUGCUGGCAUGGAAAGGAUACCGCUUGGCUAUUAUUGCUAGAAAUCUGGAAGUAGCUCAAACUACUGUGACUCACCUUGGGGCAGGUCAUAUGGCACUUAGCUGUGAUAUAGCCAUGGAACAAGAUGUCCAAAAUACACUUGAGGAGGUGGAGAAGAAUUUAGGUCAUGUUAAUUACUUGGUUAAUGCUGCUGGAGUCAACAGGGAUGGCUUGUUGCUGAGAACCACAUCUGAAGAUAUGGUAUCCCAAAUUAACACUAACCUUCUGGGAACGAUGUUGACAUGCAAAGCUGCUGUAAGGCAUAUGCUUCAACAGCAGGGAGGUGCUAUUGUUAACAUAGGAAGUAUUGUUGGACUCAAGGGCAAUUCUGGUCAGAGUGUGUACAGUGCCAGCAAAGCAGGGUUAGUUGGAUUUUCACGCUCUCUUGCUAAAGAAGUAGCAAGAAAGAAAAUUCGAGUCAACGUGGUUGCUCCAGGCUUUGUUCACACAGAGAUGACUGCACAUUUGAAAGAAGAUCAGUUGAAGAAAACUAUUCCUCUUGGAAGAUUUGGAGAGCCUGAUGAAGUUGCACAAGCUGUUGUCUUUCUUCUGGAGUCUCCCUAUAUUACAGGGCAUAUUCUAGUUGUAGAUGGAGGCUUGCAGCUUCUAAUUUAAAUUCCACAACAGUACUUAUAAAAUGACUUGAAUGGAGGGAAAAAUAAACUUGGCUGAUGAAGAUUCUGAGGUGUGUAAUCAAGAUGAUGCUUUCAUGAGUUAGCACUUUUUAAUCAAAACAGUAAAAUAAUCAUGUAUAAGUUAAAUAGUAAACUCUAGAAUGUAAGGUUGUAAUGUAAUAUGUACAUUGGUCAGUU